AUGAUUAUGAAAGAAGUCCUGGGAAUUCCUUAUGGAGCGACUAAGGAAGACAUUGAAAGAUUGCCUAAAUACAAAUUCCGGAGAAUUGGUGAUUUUGACAAAGAAAGUGGUAAUAAGAAUGGUCGAAGCUCAGAGCGAUUAGGUAAUGUGUGUGGAGCACCCUGCACCUCCUCCUUGGAAAAAAUUGGUGUUGGUUAUGACACCUCAAGUUUUGUUGGAUGCUUUAAGGAAGGGAUUCUUGAAUUUUCAACUAGAGAAAUACCUCCAUCCAAGGAUGAAGACAUGGAUGGAGACAUGUCUCCAUCCUUGGAUGGAAUGCCUCCAUCCCAUCCAAGGAUGGAGGCAUUCCUCCAUGUCUCCAUCCAAGGAUGGAGGUAA